CUCACUGUUCUUAUUAAAUGCUUAGCAGUUGCAUAACCUGAUAGCUUCUUACCCUAAAAGGGGCUUAGCCCCUUAGGUGCCGAUUACUAGUUCGCUUCACCUGGUGUUCACCAAAGCGCUUGGUGCAUAGCAAAGAAUCGCUGCUCAAUCGCAGCCCUCGCCGCUCAAGCGGCCACCAGGAGUAUCUUUCCUUCUGAAUUGGAGGCAUAAUGGGAGGAAAAGACGACCAGAAAGGGGAGGUGAAGCUAGCCGUAGGUACCUCCACGGAGGAGGUCAACUUUGAGAAGAUUGAUCUGAAGGAGGCGCUGUCAAUCUUGAACAGCACGCAUCAUGGUCUCUCAAGCGCCGAAGUAACGAAGCGCCUGGCCGAGUAUGGCCCCAACAAGCUGCCGGAGAGCACACGGAACCCUUUCCUGGUGUUCUUGGGCUAUAUGUGGAACCCUCUUUCAUGGGCUAUGGAGGCAGCUGCCAUCAUUGCCAUCUGCCUUCUCGACUACGCCGAUUUCGCCCUGAUUGUCGGCCUUCUUAUCCUCAACAGUGUCAUCAGUUAUGUUGAGGAGUCAAACGCGGACAAAGCAAUCAAGGCCUUGGCAGGCGCUCUGGCUCCCAAGUGCAAAGCAGUUCGAGACGGCACCGUACAGACUAUCGAUGCAGUUAACCUUGUCCCCGGGGACGUCAUCAUCAUGAAGUUCGGUGACAUUGUUGCUGCGGACGUCAAGCUCUUCUCGGACGAUCCUCAGAAGCCGUUUGAAAAGCACAGCGAGGAGGUUCCCAUGCAGAUCGACCAAGCCGCCCUUACGGGUGAGUCGCUCCCCGCCAAGAAGUACACUGGCGAUGUCGCUUUCUCCGGCUCUGCUAUCAAGGCAGGCGAGCGCCAUGCCGUUGUGUAUGCUACGGGCAUCAACACCUUCUUCGGCAGAGCCGCCGCGCUGAUCAGCGGAACCAACAAUGUAGCUAACCUGCAAGUCAUCAUGACAAAGAUCGGAGGCAUGUGCCUUGUUACCAUUGGCGUAUGGGCUAUCAUCGAGGUGAUCGUCCAGUUCGCUCACUACAAGCACGGCUGCACCAAGGGCGAGGAGGGCUGCCCAACCCUUACGAACAUGCUGGUGGUGCUUGUUGGCGGUAUCCCCAUUGCCAUGCCGACCGUUCUGUCUGUGACGCUGGCCCUGGGCGCUGCUAAGCUGGCGAGGGAGGGUGCUAUCGUUGCUCGCAUGUCUGCUGUCGAGGAGAUGGCUAGCAUGGACAUUCUCUGCUCCGACAAGACUGGGACCCUGACCCUCAACAAGCUGUCGAUCGAGUCCAGCAACAUCUUCGUGUUGGAGCCCGGCCUGACGAUCGACGACGUGCUGAAGUACGGUGCCCUGUCGGCUGACAUCACCGGCGACGAGCCCAUCGAUGUCGUGCUGUACAACAGCUAUGCGCAGGCCUCCACUCUUGCCAACCGCUACAAGAAGCUGAAAUGGGUGCCCUUCAACCCCACUGAUAAGUUCACUGCUGCUACCAUGCUGGACCAGGAGACCGGCCGCGUCUUCCGUCUCCUCAAGGGCAGCCCACAAGUUGUGCUGAACAAGUCUUACAACAAGGACAAGCUUGCCGAGUCCGUGAACGGGAAGAUGGUGGAGUUCGCCAACCGCGGCUUCCGCUCGCUGGGCGUUGCCAUGGCUGAGGGCGAUGGCUCUGACGGCAAGAACGAGUGGCACAUGCUCGGCCUGCUGCCCUUGUUCGACCCACCGCGCCACGACACCAAGAGCACUGUGGAGUACUGCCACACGCAGGGCAUUGAGGUCAAGAUGAUCACCGGUGACCACCUGCUGAUUGGCAAGGAGACUGCGCGCAUGCUGGGCAUGGGCGACACAAUGUUCCCCUCGGAGGUGCUCAUCAAGGCCAAGAAUGGCGACAAGGCUGCCCUGGGCGAGUUCUCCAACGUCGUGGAGAUGGUGGAGAAGUGCAACGGCUUUGCCGAGGUGUUCCCCGAGCACAAGUACGAGAUUGUUGCUAUCCUGCAGGAGGCCGACCACGUCGUGGGCAUGACUGGCGACGGUGUCAACGAUGCGCCCGCUCUCAAGAAGGCUGAUGUCGGCAUUGCUGUGGCCGGCGCCACCGACGCCGCUCGCGGUGCUGCCGAUAUUGUCCUGACGGAGGCAGGCCUGUCCGCCAUCAAGACUGCCGUGCUGGGUGCCCGCAAGAUUUUCCAGCGUAUGACUACCUAUUCCAAGUACACGGUGGCCAUGACCUUCCGUAUCUGCUUCACGUUCGGUCUGCUCACUGUCAUCUACGACUGGUACUUCCCAACCAUUCUCAUUGUGAUUAUGGCCGUCUUCAAUGACGGUGCCAUGAUUGCGUUGGCUAAGGAUCGCGUGGAGCCCAGCCGCCAGCCCAAUGCCUGGAACCUGAAGAACAUUUUCCUUAUGGGCAUUGUGUACGGCCUGUACCUGGCCCUUUCCUCUUGGGCUCUCUACCAGACUGCCUGCAAGACAAGCUUCUUUGAGGACCACCUGCCCAUCUUCUCGCUGGAUGACCGCCAUGUCUCCCUGCACAGCUGGUGCAUGGACUACAUUAAGGAGGUCAAGGGCAUUGCGGAUCCGCUCUCAACCAGCGUUUGCGAAAUUCCGGAGUACGCCAAGCAGGAUGUUUUCGGUGGCAGCAAGGCGGCUUGCUACCUGACGGAGCACUCAGAGCAGAACGUUCACGACCAGUGCAUGGUUGAGCAACGCUAUGUUCGCGGUGCCAUGCUGCGGUCGCUUAUCUACAACCACGUGUCCAUUUCCGGUCAGGCGCUCGUGCUGGUGGUGCGAAACCAGGGCUAUUCGCUGACGCAGGUUGCGGGAAGCCUGACGUACGCCGCCUUUAUCCUUGCCCAAAUCGGUUCCACGGUUAUCUCUGUCUUCGGUUUUGGCGGUUAUGUUCCACCGCGGCACCGCCUAGAGGAGUGCCAGUUCUGCACCUACUCUGACCGCACGCCCAUCAAGUUCUUCCCCUCCAAGGAGGUGCCCAUUGAGGGUACUGAGUCGCGCUACACUGCAUCCGUGCUCGGCUGCCUGGGCUACGUCCUGGUCGCUUGGGUUUGGUCCGCUAUCUGGUACACCCUGCUGGACCCCAUCAAGUGGGCUCUCUGCUGGAUCCUCAAUGAGGACGGCUUCCGCGACCAGACCAAGGUUGAUCGCCGCCAGGAGCUGCAGCGCAACAGCCAGGAGAAGAACACUGUGGACCUGGGUGGUAUGACUGUUCCCACCAUCAGCAAUCCGCUGGGCCGUGCUUCUAUCCAGAAGCCUGUGGCCAUGGUCCUGGACCGCGCCUCAGCUGCCCUUGUGCCCGUUCACCGCACCUCGGAGGGUCUCAUGCGUGUCUCGGCUGACCCGAACAAGGCCCGCGACCUGGCACGUCGCAGCCGUCUGCAUGACAGCGUUCAGCGCACGAGCGGCGGUCACCAGGGUAAGGAGAUUACGCGUGCCUAAGUGUACCAUAGUGUAGUCGAGCAUUGGUGUUUUUUACCUAGUUUUGCAUUGUUCUUCCGUGGAUAGCGGAUAUAGCGUGGCAGUGGUGGUUUACCCGCCUAUUUAUCGGCAAGGCGGUUCGGCGAAUUGAUUCCGCUAAUGACUGGAUGACUACGCGCAUUAUGCUGGUUGCCUACCCUGACAACUGAUGGACAUGGGGUGAUUAGGUGCUGCGGCUUAUAUUUACCUGACAGCGCUUGCAUGUGUGGUGUGUUAAGAACUGUGAGCAAAUCACUUUGUCAUCGUCCGAGCAGAAACGUUCGCAGCCGCAGCGGCUUAGGACUCGUUAGAUGAGUUGGGAGAGUAGGCCUGGACGUGUGAAUGUAGGUCUCGCGCGUGCAUAUAUAACAUCCGGACGGGGCUCACGUUUCACCGCUAUAUUGGUGUGCUGUGUGUCCAUGCGGUUUACGCAUUUACCAGCAGAGGUGACGCUACUGUGAACUUACUUGGCUGGUUUGCCAUGUAUUGACUUCGGGAAUUGUGACGGAUUUGUGGGAGGUGCUGCACUUGUGGCCCCUACAUAGUUUACUGCGAAGAGUUUUUAGAUGACAGCAUGCGCAUGGGUAUGUUAGUGUCCUAUCCGCAUCUCUCCGUCUUUACACUUACAAGAGUACGAUUCUUUUCUAGGAUGCGACUCUCCGCACUAAGCGGAUUGGUGUAACAGCUAAGCGACAA